GUCACAGAUGGCUCGUCAUAACAGCUCCACUUUAGUCGCUGGCGAAAUGCUGCAGAUUGCUUCGUCCCACAUGGCCGCCAGUUUUGGCUCCAUACUUGCCAAGUGCCUCGUGAUCGGUUUAGUUAUCAUAGCAUUGAUUUGGUGCUACAGAUUAUUCUCUUCAUCAUCCAGCUCUUCGCAAAAGCCCAGCAGCGACUCAAGCCCAGUUGGCAGGCAAAGAAGAGAGCCUGACUUCUCCCAAUCGCAAGUUGCGCCAAUUCCAAUUCUGUGCCAACGGUAUGUCGUGCCAAGCAGUGAGUCCCAUUUUUCUGUGGACAUGAACGAAGUCAUGGAUCCGAGCAAAUCAUCCUUUGCCAUCAAUAGUGCCAGUGGAACAAAGCUGCUAGAGGCAAGCCUUUCAGAAGGUCGAAUGCUCUCAAUUACUCCGGUGAACAGCAAGGAUCCUGAAGUCAUGUUGCGCGCAAGCUCUGGCACUGCAGACCCUGUGAUGCUUACCAUCACUGAUGGGCGGGGUGCAUACAGCGGUAAAAUUUCAGCAGGCCCAGCAGGUACUGGCGUGAUACUCUACCACAUGCAAAGGUCUUGCGCUUCCAUCUUCGCUGAUAACGUCUCCAGCUUCAGCAUGCGAGUGCAUCCAUUGCUGGAUGAGACGAAAUCGCAAACGGUGGCCUCAACAGUAAGAAAGGGGAACACGCUGAAGAUCCAGGUGUCAAUGAAUUAUGAUGGAUGCUUAUUCCUCGGCUGCCUCCUGGGCAUCAUAGUUCUGGAGCCUGCGCUGAUGCAACUGGCUGCAAGCUAAUCUGAGUUUGGGAAGUCUCUGCCGUAAGCUCAAGAGUGCUCUCUCAAAUUGAUUGCCAAACCGUUGGCCUUGGACCAGCUUUGGUUUGUCCGCGGAAAAGAUGGCAAGUGCACUCAGCGAUAUGAAGUAGUGCAGAACUGAAGCAACAGCAUAGGUUGAGGCGGC